UAAACCGUUGGCCAAUUGACGGUGGACAGCGCUCGCGGACGCGUAGCGGCCAAUAACUCGAAAUUAUAGAAAUUAAUUAUUAUUUUAUGACAUUUAACAAUUUUAUAUUUUGAUUACUGAUUAUUCAAUAAGUCAGUAUAAAAUUCAUAGUGGUUCGAUUGUGUUUCUGAGAAAAAUAAAGAGCCAUGCACCGUCUAACCGAGCACACGCUUCUGGAGCCGCCUUCCCCUGCGUACACAAAUGUGACAGUGAGGCGUGCCUUCAUCGUCUGGCUGCACUGCGGGCAGACCAACAAGUUUAAAGACGUCUGUAACUACUUCCACUUCUUGGAGGGCUUGGAGGACAAGCUCUCAGUCGACAAUCGAGCAGUCAGCCGUCAUCACGAAUUCGAUCUCUUCACCAACCCGCCGCCCUCGUCCACCUAUCUCAACUCCCACCACCCCAAGCUCUACACCAACACGCAGCUAGAAAACUACUACGUCACCAAACUAGAAGCCAUCAGGAACGAGAAAUGUGUGUUCAAAUUAGAAGGCUUUGAGGAAAUUGGACCGAAAAAUGGGGCUACCAAACAACAGAUAGUCGAAACAAGUCAGCUAAUCAGAAAGUAUUGCUUAAGCCACUCGAUUACUUUAAAGAAGUUCCUAAUAGAAUUUAAAGAGCAUGCUGCUAAAAGUGAAUUAAAGAACAACGUUCAAAACGUGGCCUUUUAUAUAAAGAGGAAAAUGAUUAAAGAAGAAAUAACAAUGAUAGCAAAUUGUCCAAGGACAUUCAGCUUUCUUGAAGACGAUUUCGUUGAAGAUACGUCUGUGAGUUUCCUGAGUCAAAUGAGAUUAUUAGAUAGUAUUAAAUUAUCUCCGACCAUGAAGCUGAAUGGAGUUGAUGUUUGGAACAAUGAGAAUUUGAAGAACAAGGUAUCGAACGCUAGAAAUGCGUUUGCGAAGAAACCGAGUCAGAAAAGAAAUGUGAAACCGAUUCCGGAAAAGCAGGAAGCUACUCGGUACGAUGUAGAAUAUGUUAAAGUAAUUAAACAGAAGUUGAAAAAUGAACUAAUGGUGUUGUAAGGAAAGUUCAAAUAGGCUACAUUAUAUUAAUAAAUAUUUAUAUUUUAAGUCGGACAAUUAAAAAAAGAAUUAGGAGUAAUGCUGUAAAUAAUGACUGCGAAAUAUAAUCGGAAUUUAGACAAAUUAAGCUUAUGAUUAGAACCAAACAAAAUAUAAUUAAUUAUAAUGAAUAGCCUAGCUCAAAAUAACAAAUUUCAAUAAAAAUAAUUAUAUUUGAAUAGGUAACAAAGUUUCUGUACUUAUAAAUAAAAACUAUUUAUAAAUUGAUUUGUUACAAUUGAGUUAAUAGGUCUAGGUAAAUAUGACGUACUUUUUAAAAAAAAAAAAGCAAAUUUUUCUUUAUAAUACCUUAACAUUAAGUACACACCCCUAUAAUGGAACAGGCACAAGUAAUGGAGUGGUAUAGACAAAUGCUGUAAAACAAGUAUUUACCAUCAGUUUUUAAUCGCUGGCAACAUUUUACCAUUACCAUAAACAAGAUCCAAAGAGCUGCUUAAGUUUAAUUUUUCAUUGAUGAAUGGCGGCAUACAUUCCAUGACUUAAGCAAAAAACCACAGUUUUAAUUGGCUAAUAAUAUUGAAACCAAUUGCAAUAGUUUUAAUUAAAUACAUAGAAAACAUAAAGGACGAAUUGGACAUUCAACUUUUAAAGCGUAAAGCGGUAGAAAUUUUACAGGUGUCGGUGAAAUAUCAAAAACACUCCAAAUUUUCUCUUAAAUGUUCCAUGAUUGGUGCCGUUCAUAACAAACUGAGCCAAUUUUGUAUUUUGGCUGGCUAAUCUAUCAUCAAAUUAUAUGGAAUACAGACAUCUAAUUUAUAUUUUCUUAUUGCAAAAUAUGAGGCAGUCAAAAUGACAGUUAAUGAUAAUAGAAUUUAAUUAAAAAUACUACGUUUUAUCUACAUUAUUUGUAGAUAUUUAAUUUUAUAUAGAAAUUAAUUUGACUCACAUCUAAAAACGCAUUUAUAAGUGUAUAUCUAUAAACAUAUUUUUUUAUAAUACCAUAGAUUGUAUCAUUCACGACUGACUCGUUAGUUUUGGCAAAUCUGUACCCCUAGUGUAAAUUUAUUCGAUAGCGAAACUUAACGUACGCGUCUGCGUGAAGUCUCAUUUUGUAUGGGAUUUGAGUUUCCAAAACGUCCCGCUUGGCGUGCUGUAUCUAAAUCCCAUACAAAAUGAGACUUAACGCAAACACGUACGUCACGUUUCGCUAUUGAAUAAAUUUACACUAGGGGUUCUGUGCGUCAUCGGGCCUGACACGAACUGUAGGGUUAGUUAUGAGUUGUGUCUAUAAAAAUAUUUCUUAGGUAAGUUUUAAAGUUUUUUAGUGAUUAAAAAACAACUUGACUGUAGAUAUCCUACUAAAUAACUUAUUUAUUGUUAAACUGUGAAUACCUCGCUACUCUUGCUAUUCAAAUUAUUCUAUUUACAAAAAUAAUAUUAUACUUAUGAGUAAAUAAAAGGAUAUGUUUUCUGAAUUACAGACUAAAGCUGGCCAUACACAAGGGUAUGUCUGCGUAGUUUUGCCAACUGCACAGGUAAAACAGAGCGUGUGUGGCAUUCGACUGUGCCGUUUCCUAUACAGCUUUACCUGUGCAGUUUAACUGUACAGGCAAAAAUGUGCAGGCAUACCAUAGUGUGUAUGGCCAUCUUUACUUAUUGUCAAGAAAUAUGUUCUUAUUUUUGUAUUGUACAGUCAAAAUAUGUAUCGAAAGAAUCGUCUCAUAAAUAUGGCACUACGCUCUUAU